AUGACACGACGUAACAGCCGCUUCAUCAAAUUGACCAGCACGAAUAAGACACAACAUGGGACCCCCCCUGGGGAGAUAAAGGGGAAGAAAAAGGAUUUCCCCAUACCGUCGUCCUGUUCUUUCGGCGUUACCCCACCGAACGAGUUGCAAAAAGGGACAGGGAAUAAGGCGAAGAAAAAAAAGAAAAAAAAAAACUCAAAUCAGCAAGGUAAAGCUAAGGAUCAUCCCAACAAUGAAGAUAAGCAUGGGAGCCAUCCCAGUGGUAAAAAUCUAGACAGAACUGGUGACGACCCUGUUGUGGGUUCCCAAAAAGGGGAAGAGACAAUUGACCAGACUGAUUCGCCCAAUGAGGUAGGGCCAAUAAAGUCUCUACAGAAGGAAACCAUUUUAAAUUACAAGGAGAGGGAAGAACUGCCACAGAAUAGCGAAACCCUACUGAGAGGCAGCAACAGUGGAGAGCAAUUCAACGUGGCACAUGGACAGGGUAACCAAACCAGCAGGUCCCUUGACGGAAGAACUAGCCUACGCAGUAAGGUACGCAGUGAUAUUAAGAAAUCAAGCGGAAGAUGCAGCAGUAAAGAUGAUGAGAUCAUCGUGCCGGAUAGCACCACAAAGAAGGUCCUAAUCGAGGGAGGUGUCAAAAUAGUGAAAAGUGAUCUGCGUGAGGGUGGGGUAGGAAAUGAGUUGAGCACCCCAGAAGGGGGCGAAUUGAAUGAACCCAAACUAUGCCAGCUGGACUCACCCGAACUGUGUGAAUCGGACCCGCCAAAAGUAUUUUCGUGGGACCCACCAAAGGUAAAUGAACCCUCCGCCCGUUCAACGGACAAAUUGGAAAAAGUCGAAUUGGCCAAAGAGGAACCCCCUCCCCAGUAUGAAAAGUACAAACGGAAAAAGAAGAAAAAAAAAAUAAAUAAAAUAAAGUCCAAGUUAUUUAGAAAAAGUGUCCUGUACUCCAAUUACUCCGACCCGGAUAUUCUGACCGCCCUGAACCAGACAAAGUUGAAUUUGAGUUUUUACCAGCGGGAGGUGGACGAUUUUUUGAGCGUCAUUAGGAAUCUGCAGGAUAUCGUCCUGGUCGAGCGAGAAAAGUACACCGAGUUGAAGGAGAUGCUCAAAUACACCACGGAGGAGAUCGAAAAGGAAAAUGCAAGACUCUAUCAGGAAAUUGAUUCCUAUAAAAAAAAAUAUAACAAGCUUAGGAGGGUCAUAUCAAAUAUCGGCUAUGGUAUUUUCUUUAACCUACAUAAUAGGGAAAUGUCCACGUGUAGCAGUAAGGGUGAUAUCGACUUGGAGGAGGGUUACGAGGAGGAAGGACGUGAAGAAUACAGUGCACAGGUGAACGAGUGUGAGUAUGACUAUGUCAUGGUGAACGAGACGGUGUGUUCAGCGAACGGUGGGAGCGUUAAGGGUAAAUGCGCCAGGAGGGGGAGGAGCGGCAACACCUCUUCGCUGUUGAAAUAUCUCGAUUUUUGA